UUAAAAAAUCUGUUCAUAGUGUCACGAAUGGAUCACAGUGAUUGCGACUGUCUUGUGAUAGUUGUGAUGAGUCAUGGAGACAAUGGAAAAAUAUAUGCUAGUGACAUGGAUUAUCGUACAAACACCCUGUGGAAAUAUUUCAAUGCGAGAAGUUGUCCCACGUUGGCGGGAAAACCAAAAUUGUUUUUUAUUCAGGCUUGCAGAGGUACAGGUCUGCACCCCAGCCAAAAACUUCACGUUGAAGAAGACGCUUCUUCAAACGAUGUUUCUUACACAAUUCCCAUUAUGGCAGACAUUCUUGUGAUGUAUUCAACAGUUGAGGGGUUUUAUUCAUGGCGUGACCCCAAAAAUGGUGGUUAUUUUAUCCAAUCUUUGGUAAAACAGUUAAGAAAUCACCACAGAACCAAAGAUUUGUUGACAAUUCUUACGUUUGUUAACCGGGAAGUGGCUAUUGAUUUUACGUCACUUGAGCCAAACCAUCCUCGAUUUUCAGGACGUAAACAAAUGUGUUCUAUUGUUAGUAUGUUGACACGAUUGAUGUAUUUCACACAACAGCAAAUAAAAAAUUAAUAUUUAGUUAA